AUGAAUACCUUUCUAUCGAACAUAAGCAAUGUUGAUAUAAUAAAAAACACUAAUACUUCAAUCCUUGUUGCACAACGACCAAUUCAAAAUAAUAUCCUCAUUUUAGGUGCUUCAUUUACAUGUGGCAUUGGUGGCGAAAUUAUCAAUACUAGGAAUAAAGACGAGGUCAUCAAUGCAAAAUUAUCAACUGCAGCAAUUAUUAGCAAUCCAUCUCUAACAGAUGUCGUAUCUAUUAAUAUAUUCAUCAUUGAUAAACCUAUAACAUAUGAAAAGAUUGAUAAUUCAACAAACGAAACUCUCGCAUCAUCAUUAAUCGUUCUGGCAGUCAGGAAAAAUGCUUCUGCAUUUGCUUCAUUGAACAUUUCUCUUUAUUUUCAGGUUUUAAACGAAUAUAAACUCAAUAUAAGUGCUAAUUACUUUUGUUCAUAUUUUGAUACAACCAAUGCGAUGUGGGAUGAAUAUGAUUGUACGACACCUCAAUAUAAUCCAACAUUUGAUCGAUAUGAAUGCAUUUGUAAUCAUACCACUUCAUUCGCUCUUAUUUGGUUGCCAAAAGUACCACUUACACGUUAUCUCAAUGCACAAGAUAUUGCGUCUCUUGUAUUUCAAUCAGUAUCCAUUUGUUGCUUUUUAGCCGUUCUUAUUCAUGCAAUUUUUAUACGAAUUCAAAAUCCAAUGAUGAGUUUACAAACACAUGAUUUACCACCGUUAAUUUCAUGUGGAGUGACAAUAAUUCUCUUUGUUUUUUACAUUGCUCUAGGAAUUACGGUCUACAUGAAAACAACACAUGAUGAUGAAAAGCAAUGCUUUCUAAGUUCAAGUGUGUUAAUGUUUUUUGUUUAUUUCUUUUUAAUUUUAAUGUUUUGCACCAAAACAAGUGUUGGAUAUUUUAAUUAUCUACGUUUUGUUUGUUUGUUUCCUCCAUCAUCAUAUUCGCAAUUGUUAAUGUUACUUGUAGUAUCAUUUUUCAUUUCUAUUACAUGUGUUGCUUUUGCAGCUGGAUCUAAUUCUAAUCCAUCAUUUCAAAUUACUCAAUUAUAUCCAUAUAAACUUUGUUGGUUUACUCGUAAUGUCAUAUAUUAUUUUCUAACAAUACCCGGUGGUCUUUUUCUCUUAAUUAAUAUAUUUAUAUUUAUUCGUGUAGCUCAACGUGUGCUACGUCAUGUUCGAAAUUCAACAUCACUUAAUCAUUCAUAUGAAAGAACAAAACGAUGUGUACUUAUUUUACUUCCAUCAUGUGCAACUCAAGGAAUUGGUUGGUUUCCUGGUCCAUUUUUGACAAUUGCUACUCCCGAAGCUGCAAAUGUUGUAGCAUGGUUUUUUAUUAUUUUUAAUGGAUUAGAAGGUUUAUGGGUGAUACUUCUCUAUUCAAUAAUUCGAUCACAACGUAUGGAGAAACAAAAACGUGUUGUAGCUGCUGAAGAAAUAAGAAAAUUGCAGGAAGCGAAGUUAAAAUCUCGUAAAUAUAAAAAGUCUUUUGAAGAAAAUAAUCAAGAAGAAGAUCAUAGAAAUACAAAAGACAUUGAAGUUAGACUUCAGAAUAGAUAA